GAACACCCUCCUCUUAUAUUAAUUCAACUUCCUUUCUCAGCUCUUACUUCAUUUUCUAGCCGCCCUAUUUCAAAAACCCUUUCUUUCUCUCUUUUUCAUUGCAAAGAUACUGCUAUUUUGCUGACAAUUUUUUCUUUUCACCUAGGAUUCAGCAAAGUUUGCUGUUUUAGGAAAGGGGUUUUCUUCCUCAUUGUCAUUUGGUCUCGUCUUGAAAUGGGGAGGCACUCUUGCUGUUACAAGCAGAAGCUUAGAAAAGGUCUUUGGUCACCUGAAGAAGAUGAGAAGCUCUUGAGGCAUAUCACAAGGUAUGGCCAUGGCUGUUGGAGCGCUGUCCCUAAACAAGCUGGUCUGCAGAGGUGUGGAAAGAGUUGCAGAUUAAGGUGGAUUAAUUACUUGAGACCUGAUUUAAAGAGAGGCACAUUCUCUCAAGAAGAAGAGAAUCUCAUAAUUGAACUUCAUGCAGUUCUGGGGAAUAGGUGGUCCCAAAUAGCUGCACAAUUGCCUGGAAGGACCGACAAUGAAAUCAAGAAUCUAUGGAACUCUUGUUUGAAGAAGAAGCUUAGGCAGAGAGGCAUUGAUCCUGUAACUCACAAGCCCCUCUCGGCGGUUGAAAAUGGUGAAGACAAAAACAUUCAACAAUCCACAAAUAGCCUGGAUGUGGCUUCUGGUGCAUCUACCGAAUUGAACCUCAACACCGACGAUCCGAAACAGGGACCGAUUUCGAUGGAAGGCGCCUCUCCUUGCUCCAACACAAUCAACAGCAGCAAGGACUUGUUCAUGGAUAGCCCGUUUCCGAUUCAUCAAUUGAACUAUACCUCCAAUUCUCGACUCCCGAACACUACUCUCUGGUUCACUCAAACUAGUAACAAAAGUUUCGAUAUCGAUUCCGAAUUUUGUUCGAGUUCCAUGUCGUCACUUCUUCCACCAUUGACGACUUCUUUUCUCUCAUCUCCCAUGGCUUUCAAGCCUUCUCUCACCGUUUCCUCCGAUAGUCAUUCGAUGGCCUCGUUUACUCCUCAUAGCAGUAGCAGCACCGAGCUACAAAGCAGCAGUUCAUUCUUCGAGAGCAACAGUUACUCAUGGGAGAAAGAGGCUCCAAAUCCAAUCCAUUUGAUGGAAAACCAAGGAGAUGAAAUCAAGUGGCCAGAGUAUCUCAACAAUCCAUUGUUAUUGGCGGCUGCUUUGCAGAACCAAACCACACAAUCCUUAUGCAACAUCGAGAUCAAAUCCGAAACCGAUUUCUUCACCAAUAGUUCAUCAAACACCAUGUGGUCCUUUAAUCAACAGCAGCAGCAACAACAGCAAGAGGCUUUGCAGAAUUCGGAUUUGUGUGCUAAGGACAUCCAAAGACUUACAAUAGCUUAUGGACAUAUUUAGCUUCUCCUUUGCCAUAUAUGAAAGGAACCCUUCUCUUUGACUUGCCAAAAAAAGUAAAAAAAAAUGGCAUUCUCAAUAUCAGGUGUGUACCACAGUUUCUCUCUCUCUCUCUCUCUCUCUCUCUCUCUCUCUUUUUAACUCACUCUGGUGUAUAUAGAUUCUGAAUCUGUUACAAAAAAAUUAUCACCUUUGCUUUUGGACCAUUUGUGAGCAAAACAAUAUUCUAUUUAGCCUCUCUUUUUUUGUGUGCGAUUGUGGGGUAGAAUUGCUGAAUAAGGGUUGUUUUAGUGUCUUUUUACUCUUCUUUGCCCUGUUGCAUAUGGCCAUGUUUGUGCAUUGGGAUGUUGCAAUUCUCUAUCUGUAACCAAUUGUUGAUUAGAAAAAAA